AUGCCGCGCGGCCUUGCUUUGGACCUCCGAGAGCGGCGAAUGUACUGGACCGAGGGUGGCACGCAGAAGCUGCGGAGCGCCACUCUCGAUGGCCAGGACAUUCGAGACGUGGUAGUGAAGAGUGAGGUGCAAGAGGCACCCCGCGAUGUGGCCGUGGAUGCCGAACAGCGGAAGGUCUACUGGACAGCCCUUUGCUGUGGGCUCCGUCGUGCAGACCUCAAUGGUGAGAACGAGGAGGUAGUUGCCAGUGCAGAGUUCGCCAGCGGUGUCACCGUGAACAAGGACGUCCUGUACUGGGCCGACUGGAUGCGCAGCACGAGACAGGAGCCCAUUGUGACAGGGCUGGCCUCGCCAGUCGAUGUAGCUCUCGAUGCUGGCAGCGGCAUGAUCUACUGGUCGGACGUGGGCCACGCCCGGACACAGAGGGCGCUUCUGGAUGGGCGCGGCAUCCAGGCGCUGAACAUGAGCUGGGCCAUCAUGAACACUUAUGGCAUGGCCAUCGAUGCCUCUGACAGGAAACUUUACAUGACCGACUUCGAGAAGACUGGCGACUUUACAGGGAGUGCCUCUGACUAUGCAGGCCGCAUCAUCCGCACCAACUUGGACGGGAGUGAUGCCGAGGUAUUGGUCAGUGAACCGGGCAUGAGCAUGCCCUACGGCGUGGCCGUGGACCCGGAAUAUGCCCAGGUCUACUGGACCGACCGAAAGGCUGGCCGAAUACAGCGGCUGACGCUGAAAUGCCCAGCAGGCGUCCUGGAGGUGGCAAGCCGCAUGAACAGCAGUAACAUCAAGGUGGCACACGGCACAGCGGACCAUGGCAGUUCCAUCCAGGGACCGGACCGGAACCGGGACCUUGUCCGAGCUAUUGAGAACUGGACGAACGAUCGCGGGCACGAUCCUUUUCAGACCGCGAGCAUUUCGACGCAAGGAGGGAAAGGAAUCUGA